GGGCUCGUCACCACAGAAAUGAAGAAACGGUGACGGGUGAACGUUGCAGAGUGUUGACUGGGAAUGAAGUUAAUCGUGGAUUAAUUAAAUAGACAACUUCAAAGUGGGGUAAAAAGUGGAAAAACAGCUUGCCAGCAUCAGCAGCCGCAUCAGUUUCAGCUAGAACCGGGCCGCGGCACCACGUGUCGACCUUAGUCACAGUCAGUCAGUCUACCCAUUCGCAGCAGGUCGAGCGAAAAACGGCGCAACGAUGACCUGGGAACAUCUGGAGCGGGGCAGCUCGCCGGUGGACUGGUGCGAAGGGAACUACCUCAUCUCGCCGGAUAUUGCCGAAUUUGUCAACACGGUCAGCAACAUCCUCUUCCUGGUGGGCCCUCCCUUUCUGAUCUAUCUGUUCAAGGACUAUGGCCGGUUCAUCCAGCCCGCUAUUCACAUGAUCUGGAUCCUGCUGAUCGUGGUGGGCCUCAGCUCGGCGUACUUCCAUGCCACGCUCAGCUUGCUCGGCCAGCUACUGGACGAGCUUACCAUUCUGUGGGUGUUCAUGGCCACGCUCAGUCUAUUCUGCCCCCGGAGACACUUUCCGCGGGUUUUCAAGCACUCCAGAAAACGGUUCUGUAUCUCGAUGUCGGUGUUUUCUCUGACGGCCACGGCCCUUUCCGUGUGCUACCCGGCUAUCAACGCGUUCGCCUUGAUGCUGUUGGCCAUCCCCGCCACGUACCUUCUGUACAAGGAGCUACAGAUUGUCCAAGAUAAGCGCGUGUACCGGUUGGGAGUUCGAAACACCACCAUCUUGAUGUUGGCCAUCGUUUGCUGGAUCAACGACAGGAUGUUCUGCGACGCCUGGUCCCGGGUCAACUUCCCGUAUCUGCAUGGAUUUUGGCACAUUCUAAUCUUUAUCUCGGCGUACACGGCUUGCGUGCUGUUUGCGUACUUUUUCGUCAGUGAUGAACGACCCGAGAGUCGACCCCAGCUCAAGUAUUGGCCGCAUAACGCCUUUGAGUUGGGCGUGCCGUACGUGUCCAUCAGUUGCUACAAAAAGCUAAACGAUGACAUCUAAGGAAUUGGGUGGGGUGCUCCGGAAGUAGUACAAAAUGUCACCGAUUAAUGCCAUUGCGAUAGUAAACCAAAAAGAGUCAUGGAAAUAUCAAAUGUUUGAGUCGAAUCUCACGAGUGACAAUCUGGAAACGGGUUGUCGAUUUUUUAGUUUUAAUGAGUAAUUUCGAUUGGAAAGGGUCCUGCAGUUUUAGCGUAGAAGUAGCAUUUCCUCCACUUCUUUUUUUCGAAUUGAUACAAAGGUUUUGCCUAAGCAAAGUGAUAAUGAAACCUUUAUUUUAUGAUUUUAUAAUUAUUUAUUUACAUCAGGAACGCUUGAGUAUAAACAGCUUGAAAAGAAUAUAGUAUAUUUUGCGUAUUUUUUUUUAUUUUAGCAAUAGUUUCUCAUAAUGUUAAAAGCAAUUAAAUAGAGAUAAAACAAA